AUGUCGACCGGCACGCCCACGGCCACGGCACUGCCAACGUACGACAGUACUCUCGGCGCCUUCGUGAUUGGGACGAUGCUGGCAUUUUUCCUGCAAGGCUUCACGCUCUUCGAAACAAUCGUCUUCUUUUCGAACUGUCGCAAGUCGCGAGAGCCCUGGUGGUACAUCGUGACAGUCGUUGUCGUCCUCCUCAUCGACCUUUUACAUACCGCCUUCUCGCUAAAUACGAUUUGGUUGUGGGCGAUCGAGAACUACGGCAACCCUUCCAUCCUCGCGCUUUCGCCAUGGUCGUUCACAGCCGAACCCGUUCUCACCGGCACUCAGGCGUUGAUCGUGCACGUAUUCUACGCCUUGCGGAUCUACGGCGUCUCGGACGCGAAGCCUGGAGGCCGGAUCAUCGCACUUGUCGUGACGGCACUCAGUAUGUUCCAGUUCGGGUUCGCUUCAGCCGUCACGAGCAAGAUCGUCGAGUACGACCGCGAGUUCGUCCGCUUCGCUGGGUGGCUCUGGGGCGCUUACUUCCACUACAUUAACCAGGUGUCGAACAGCAUGGCUGGUCCAUUCGAGCGGUCGUCCAAGACGGUCAUCAAGGUGGCGCUCAUUAUCCUCAUGACGAAUGGCUUGUCUGCCUCGGCCGCCGUCAUUGCCACGGUCCUCUUCGGCAGCUUCAGGCAUGCCAACUGGCACGCCAUCGCUCAGCUCUGUCUCGCCAAGCUCCUCGCCUUGUCCCUCCUCAUCGCCCUCAACGCCCGAACCCUCCUCGCCGACAUGCUCGGCGUCGACGCGGGAACGUUCUAUUCCAUCGGCGCACGACCGACGAAGAAGGCGCCAAUCAUGUAUAACGGCGUCUACGUCGGCAGCGGCAGCCAGCCCGAUGGCAUCUACGGGCGAGCAGCAGGCGCAAGCUUCGACGCUCUCGGCAAGACGCUCCGCUCGCCUGGUCCGAACAGCUCGUUCAAUCACGGCGGCAUCGUCGAAGGCGAAGGAGGCGUGGUGUAUCCCAUUUCGGUCCUUCGGCAAGGCGCGAGCCUCGAGAACGGAAAGGACGGCGACGGCACAGUCAGUCGGGCGAGCAGCUUUGCCGAGAAAGAGCCCAUCUCGUUCGACGACGAGCUCGAGCACGGCAGUCGCAGCCGCCAGCCCUUCGCUCGCGCAACGUCUGACCAGACUUUGCCUGCGCCGACCAUUGACCACCCCUACUCGAACGUUUGA